AUGCGCGCUCGGCGGGAGCCCCUCAGGUGCCUGCGCGCCGACCACCCCCCGGGGUUCUACGCUCCCGCGCUAGCAGAGGCGGUGCGGCUGGCAGAGCUGGGCGCCAGCGUCCUCGACCCGACAGCUUGCACGACGGUGCUCUUCUUUUCCGACGGCCGGCCGAGCGACAAGCCGUGCGACAUCCCGGGCGCUGGGGCCUGGGUCUGCGCGCGCUGCACUUGGAGGAACGCUGCAGACGAGCUGCAGUGCGUCAGCUGCGCCUCAUCUCGCCUCGACGAGUACGGCGGCGACCACGAGCGGUGGCAGCGGACCCGCCUCUUGCCUCAUCUCGCCGCACAGCUAGAGGAGCUGUGCGCGCUGCUCGACUAUGACAAGCGGCGGCUGCAGUGGCACUCGAUCGGGCUCGGAAAGGAGGAGGAGUUUGUCGUGCUGCGCAGCAUGACCGAGGCCCUGCCGCGCGACAUUGGCCACUUCAACUGCUGCACGCUCGACGCGCGGUCGCUCGCCCGCGGCGUCUCGAGCGUCUCUUCGUCGCUGACGCAGUCGCGCCUAGCCUCCUCGACUACCAAGUACCGCCGCCCGUUGCGCGCCGUCUUUCUGAACCAGUUCGAGGGCCGCUUCACGCGAUACCCUCGCGCUAAGAUCUACAAGGCGCCGCCACCGGGCGAGUUUGGGGCGCCGAACGAGCUCUUGGGCGAGGCGGACAUCGAGAUUGCGGACGGCGCCUUUGGCCACGGUGGCGAGCGAAAUGUUUUUGCGAUGCGCUUCGUGACGCGAACGACGUUCACCAAGGUCACAGCCGACUCGCGUGGACGCCAGCAGCGCGCGGUGGAGUUCGAGGCCAAGCCCGGCGAGCAGUGGGUGGUGAAGGAGGACAAGCACGCGCGCGUGAACGACAGCUUUGAGAUCGAGACGCACGACAAGAGCCUCGUGUGCCAGGUGACCGCCGGCAACCUCGCACAAAACUUCAACGCGGCGACCGCGCAGCUCGGCGGCGACAUCCCGAGGCUGAAAUACCUCGAGGCCUUUCUCAUCACGACCGAGAUCCCGAGCAAGCGUAUCCUCUUCACGGAGAGGCGGCUCGAGGCCGACUUCCAAAAGUGGAACACGAACAACGGGAUCGUGCUGCGCGCCGAGCGGCCUCUCGGCUCUGGCGAUGGCAGCUCUGACGAGGGCCGGAUCCGGACGGAGCACGUGCCGCAGGCCUUCUCGCAUUGGACGCUGGCCGACAAUGAGAACGGGGUCGACUACGAGGACAGCGACGGACGAGCGCGGCGCGGGCGGCUGCUCGUGUGCGACAUCCAGGGCUGCUACGCAGCUACACGGCGCGAGCUCGUGUUGAACGAUCCCGUCAUACACUCGCAGUCGGGCGAGAUCGAGGCCAAUAUGUUCGGCCUGACUGACCACGGUUCGCGCGGGAUCAUGCUCUUCAUGAAGUCCCACGUCUGCAACCCGCUCUGCGCUGCGCUCGGACUGCCCCCAAACACGCUCUUCGAGGAGGAGAAGACGGCUGCUUUCGCCCGCUCCUCGCGCGAGACGUCAGAGCUUACCGUCCUCGCCUCCGAGCACUGCGCGAAGCGGGGUCGCGAGCGAGGCAUCCCGAAGCGGCAGAUGCAGGCGGCGAAGAAGCAUGGAGAAAAGGUCGUGCAGGCCGACGGGCGGCUGAAGGCAAAGCUGCCGGACUACGCAGGGCAGGGCCCGGUCGCCUACGUGUCUGACGCGUCCGAACGGGUCGGCGUCACCGCGUUUCGACCUGGAGUGCCCGACCUGAGCAGCAGCAGCAGCGGCGGCGACGGUGGGAGCGCGCCUUUCUCUUCCCCGCCGCCGCCAGGGCCGCCGGUCGCAGCGGCGGUGGAACCGCGCCGAGCCUUUUCGCCGGUGCAGGGCUCGAUCCACUCGCGGCUCGACGCGCUGGAGGAGCAUGCGUUUGACAGCGGCGGCGGCGACCGUCGUGUCGAGGCGCGUGGCAUCGCGUCGCGGCUGGCAGCGCUCGAGGCAGCUUUGAUGGAGGCGGAUGCGCUGAGCGGUGCAGACGUGGCAGUCUCUGCUCGCGGCGAGCAGGCCGAGCAGGCCGGAGGAGGCGAGUGGUUGGGCGGGGCCUCGUCCUCGGAUGCCGCGGGGCCAAGCACUGCGGCGGACAAGAAGGAGAGGAGGGUCCGCAAGAAGGAGCAGCGAAGGAAGAAGGAGGCAGAGGAGGCGGCGGUACUCGCUGAGCACUUCCAGAAGGCCGAGGACGAGGCCAAGAGCAAGCUGGAAGCGGUGGCGGGCACCGUGGGCUCGGUGGCGGGCGCUGUGGGCUCGGUGGCGGGCGCAGCGCUGAUGGGCACAGCACUAGGCACAGCAGCGUUUGGAAUUGGCGCUCAUAGCCUGGCAUCCGGUGUGUUGGCCGCGCCGGGAGAGGGUGCACGGCUGUUUGGGGCCCAACUGCGCCGACGGGAAGCGGAGAACGAGCGCAAGAAGGAGCUUGAGGAGCGGCGAGCCAAGCGGGAGAGGAAGAAGCUGCUGGAGAAGAAGAGGAUCGAGCGCGCCGGGGACAGGCGCGAGGAGAUCCGCUGA